AUGCCACCCAAGCGCAAACUCAGCACCUUCGACCCACCCAGCGACACAAACCUCACCCUCUUCCUCAAACACACCAUACACACUAUUCUCCUCCUCGUCCCACCCACGCAAACCUUCCCCCAAAUCCUCACUCUCCUGCUCUCCACCCUGCAGGAACGCUAUCCAGAUGGCCUCUCCCCUCUCCCUUCUCCCGGCAACCCCGCCGCAAGAUCCACAACCACACUCUCCUCCACCACCACCACUCUCACGGAGCGUAAAAUUCCCCUCCCAGAAUCGGUCAAGAAUAUCGCGCUGGCGGUUCCGGUCGAUGUACAUGAUCUCAAAGCGGGCUGGACGGAGUUGCAGUUGGGAUUGGGAGAUACGCCGGAGAGUGUGGGGGUGAAGGAGGGAGGGGUGUUGGCGUUUAGGUUUUUGAGAGAGGGCGAGGAGGAGGAAGAGGGAGAGUUUGAGGUGGCGUGGCCGAGUUAUGAGAUUUAUGAUGAGGGGGAUGAGGAUGCGGAUGAGAGGACGUUGGCAGGGGGGGAGGAGGAGGAGCUUUGA